CACAGCCCUGCUGGUUCAAAUAAUUGACUCAGAUAUCAGGAGCGGAGAGACACAAUGGAGCAGAGUGCCACACGGACACGUUGCUGAUAGACUUUAUCAGAACUACUUAGCGAUACCGAGGAAGACGCUGUGCAUAGUUUUUCUUCCUCGCAUUUGUUCAAAUCGCUUUUAUUUGGACUCUGAGCGCCAUAACUAAGAGAGGUUAUCAUGCCCCCCACAACCCCCUAUGCUGGAAAGUUCAACUCCUGCCCUUCCUACAGCAACAAUAACCACGUCAAGCCUCCGAGCCCGUACCACGGGGGCUCCGCCCCAAAACCUCCCCGAGACCACGUGUAUAGCGGUUCCUAUUCGCCAACCGAAAACCCUUACGACGUGCCGCAGCCUCACGCCGCCUACCGGAGCACCUCGGUCUCGUCCGUGAAUGCUAAGGAGCACCAUUACGGCAGCAGCUGUGCGAUUUCAGAGAACCCGUACUCCUCGCCGCAGCCCCACAGCCCUCGGCAGCACAGCACUUCCUGUCCAGGCCGGGCGUACCGCCACACCAGCAGCAGCUGCAGCAGCGAACACUCCUGCCGGAACAAUGGCGCGGCGGCGAAAACCCGGCUCUACGGUCACGGCAUCGCCACCAGCUAUGGAGAGAUGUGUUACCAUGACAACAGUUUGGUUUCCGCUUCUCUCGAGGCGCUGAUCCAGCAUCUGGUUCCCACUGUGGAUUAUUACCCUGAUAGGUCGUAUGUGUUCACCUUCCUGCUCAGCUCACGCCUCUUCAUGCACCCAUAUGAGCUCAUGACCAGGGUUUGUCACCUUUGUGUGGAGCAGCAGCGGUCCGGAGACGCCCUCCUGGAUAAGAUUCGAUUUCGUGAAGUGGCGCCCAAGCUGGUCCAGCUGCUCACCGAGUGGACGGAAACCUUUCCAUACGACUUCAGAGACGACCGGAUGAUGCGCUGCCUGAAGGACAUGACGCUCCACGUGGCACGAGGGGAUGAGUAUUCCUGGCGGGCCAUGCAGCAGAUGACCCAGCGUCUCAUCAAACGCCUCUCCGCCCUCGGGCAGUACGAGGAGGCCGUGGCCGCGCUUAAUGCCGCGGCGCAGGAGCGUCCGGCUUCACUAAAGACCAAACAGGCCUCGGCUCAAAGGACCGACAUUCUGAGCGUGUGCGAUGAUCCGUUCGUCCUCGCUCAGCAGCUGACACAUAUUGAACUGGACAGGCUGAGCUUCAUUGGUCCUGAGGAGUUCAUCCAAUCCUUCGCCAUGAAGGAUCCUCUGGAAAACCACAAGGGUUUCUUCCGAAAACGUAAAACGAGCAACCUGGAGGCUUACGUCAGCUGGUUCAACAGGCUGAGCUACCUGGUGGCUACAGAGAUCUGCAUGCCACCAAAGAAGAAGCACAGAGCGCGGAUCAUAGAGUUCUUCAUCGAUGUGGCUCAGGAGUGUUUCAACAUCGGCAACUUUAACUCUCUCAUGGCCAUCAUUACUGGGAUGAACAUGAGUCCGGUCGCCAGACUGAAGAAAACCUGGAAUAAAGUCAACACAGACAAGUUUGAAAUUCUGGAGCACCAGAUGGACCCGUCCAGUAACUUCAGUAACUACCGAACGGCGCUCCGUGGCGCCACCCAGAGAUCGGAGACUGCACAUAGCAGCCAGGAGAAGAUCGUGAUUCCUUUCUUCAGUCUCCUCAUCAAAGACAUCUACUUUCUGAAUGAAGGCUGUGCUAACAGGCUGCCCAACGGACACAUCAACUUUGAGAAACUGUGGGAGCUGGCGAAGCAGGUUAGCGAGUUCCUGGUCUGGCGUCAGGUGAUUUGUCCGUUCGACAGAGACCGCCGGAUUCUUCAGUAUCUUGUCACCACGCCUGUUUACACGGAAGACGAGCUGCACCUGGCCUCUUAUGAGAGUGAAGGACCAGAAAACAACAUGGAGAAAGAUAGCCGUAGGUCUCUAAGAUCUUCCCUUCUCCAUCGAGAAAACCGCUCUUAAAAAGUUUUCUCUACUUUACAUAUUUUCCAUUCAUAUUCCCAGGGCCUAAUUGACAUUCUGGACCUACUUACAUUUCUGCAGAACAAUGAACAAUAAAUAUUAGCCUUUUUGAACCCUUUUGGGAUCGCAAGGAGCUUCAUUGAUUCAAAAAAGAAAAAAGAAAGGAAAGGGCCAGAAACAUUACUCCACCGUGAAGCUUGGCUUUAUCGAGAAAAAACUAAAACUAAAAGGACAUCAGACAGAAGUUUGUCGUACGGACGGAUGUUCAACAUGUUUACAGCAGCUGAAUGGGAGGUUUGGCUUCAUAAUAAAAGUUGAGGAGCCAGCGACAUUUGGAUGCAUCAUUUUAACAACAUACAAUAGAUUUUUGAAACAAACAGGAAGAGCCAGACUGCAGUAAUGUGCGUUAAAUGUUACAAACUUUAAAUUGCAUCUAGAAAGCAGUGUGCUCGAACCGUCAAGUCAUUCAUUUUUAAUACUCCUUCACAGUUCAUUUUCAUUUGGACAGUAAAGUCAUGUGAUCACUCUAUUAAAUGCAUUGGAACAAAUUGCGUUGUGUGCACUUUGGGUCUUUGUAAAGCUACAGUAUCUAAGUGGCAGCAGCAUCAUGCAAACAACAUGCACUUGAGUGUGUGUCUCUAUGCUGUGUAUUAUAAUAUUAUGUGACUCAUAUGAGGGUUUUCUUUUUUUUCCAAAUGUAUUUUGUAUCAGAAGCUUUAAAACCAUUUUCUAAUCAUGAGUUUCACAUCGAGCUUGUUGCAGGUUGGCUCGCUCUGUGAUGUAAGCUGUCUAAAAACCAUGUCAUGUAUUAAAAAACAGAAAACAAGUAUUUGUUCAGAGUGAAGUAAAAACUGAUGUGUGUUUGUAUAAAGAAGAUCUUACCCCCUUUAUUUGUCUGUAGGUUUGUGAGGAUCUUUUAAUACCCAGCUUUGAGUGAAAGUGAUGCUAUAUUUUUCAUGCUUUUAUCCACACUGUCUGUGUCCUUUUGAUGUGUAUUUUUUUAAAGAUUUCCGUGUAUCUUUUAUGUUAUCAGGGGGUACUUGUCUGAAAGAUCUUUGUGAAAGAGACGUGUUUUCUUUUAAAUAAACAGAAUAUAAGAA